UGUCACUUGUCGUUGGCCGAAACGACCAACAACCAGCGACCAACGACCAACAAACCACGACCCUCAAUCGCUAAUCCUCUUUGAAUAUCGCCAUCACAACCUCCGAACCCGCAGCUAUAUCGCACUACCUCGCAAUCAAUCCUCUCCUCUCAACGCGACCGCCUUCGAGCCCUCUCCAUCUUCCCUCCCUCCUGCGGAGUGGACGCCCCAUGUGAUCCUCACCCACACGCGCGAUCGACUGGUCUAGAGAAAUCAUGCUCAAAUAUUUCACUACUAUCCCCUUCAAAUAAUGCAGGCCCCAGCAUCCACCUUAUCCCAGCGUCAGAUUCCUUCCCAACGACGUCCUGCGAACCUGCCGGAGACCAUGCAAUCCCAGCCUCAAAACACCUCGGGCCCUCCCCCAGGAGCCUCGGGGUCCCAGGGGCGUUCCGCAUCUGGCUCUGCCCGCUCCAGAAGCACAAAUCCAGAUAAACAAAUCUCUCAGAUCGAAAAGAGCGUCACCCACCUCCUCGUUGCCACAAAACAGCUACUCGAAACCCUCACCCAGUGGUCUCGCGGCCAGGCCCAAGAAGAGGAGGUCUCCGAUGUUUAUGUUCGCCUGGGAUACGAGUUCAAUCUAGCGUGCCGUGCCUUCAACUCCAUUGGCGUCGACACUUCAGAUUUGGGUCCUGUUCCCGAUCUCUUACGCAGCAUCCUCGAAGACACCCUGAGUCAAACCGCAUCCACACAAGCCCUCGACAACUACCUCCCCCGCAUACGAGACAUCAUCAUCAAUCUCCUCCAUGGCCUCAAACGGAAGCAGAGUAGAUUGCGUGGUCGUGCCCCAAAGGACGCUGGUCCUGUCCAGCAGCCACGAGUCCCUCCUCAGAACAGACAAGCCAGUAUCUCGACUGUUGGCAGUAACGAGACUGGCCUCACUCACAUGUUGGAUGACGUCCCGAGUAAUACUUCCAGCUUGCGCAUGCCCACGGACACCGCUUUCCCUGCGGAUCAAUCUCAACAGCCUUCAGCAACCAGCAAUACUUCCCCUUUCAAUCCAUCCAACAGGCCUUCGAUUAACCGUCACUCCGUUCGACGUGAUGUCGCCGCUCCAAUUCCCCUCUCCGAGUCCUCCUCGACCAUGUCCCCCAACUCUUCUCAAAAUAUACCUUCUCUACCGCCGUAUCAUGAUGUCGAUGACGAUCUCUCAUCGUCGCCCGCUAUUCCCACAACUGCUUUUCCUCAUCCUCCUCCCCCGCCACCGAAGCAGACCGACGCCUUGGCUCGAUUGCAAAGAGGUGGUGAUCUGGAACGAAGAGCAUCAAGGAGAUUUUCGGCCUACCAGAUCCAGAAACACCUAGGCACCUCCCCUAAUGGCGUUCCCAUGAUGCCGUCCACCCAAAAUUCACCCGCGCCGAACCGAGGUCUCGAAGCCCGCGAGUCCUUGAACGCCGUCCGCCUGCGAACGUCUUAUCAACAGGGCAAGGCGAGAACUCGGAUAGCAGAGUCUCCUAGUAGAUCCGGGACCAUGAGAGCUCCCCAACGGAUAUCUGAAGAACGCGAUGAAUCCCCAGUCUUGACUCUAGAGCCAGUUGCCCCCAUCAAGAGUCUUGAAGAACCACUACCUAUGGACAGCCCAACAGCCAAGACACCUGAGGAGUAUCACAAGCCUCCUAACCCAGUCCUUACCAACACCUCGGGCUUCUUCGUCGGUCCAACUGUCAAUGGCCCCUUGAGUGCGGGCCCGGUGGCUUCUAACGACUCGCUCCCAUCAGCUUCCACUGACAUACCCGCGCUCCCUAAACCACCUAUCUCUGAGGAAGUAGCCUCUGAAGAGACACCAGAGACAAUCCAACGAAAAGCUCUAGGCCAAACCACUCCAACCCAGUCUCGGGUUCUAACCCUUGACUCAUCCCCACCUCAGACCAAAGAGCUUACGUUGUUCCUGCAAUAUCGAACAAGAAUCAAGAAAUUCGUCUUGCCCGACGGUUAUGAAGAGCUCACUCUCCCAAGGCUGCAACUCGCGUUCAUUGAAAAGUUUGCUUGGACGACGCAGCAUAACGGAGCCGACCUUCCCGAGAUUUACGUUCAAGAUCCUGUUUCUGGAGUGAGGCAUGAAUUGGAGGAUUUGUCUGAUGUCAAAGACCGUUGUGUCUUGGUACUCAACGUUGAGGAGCUCGACGAGGUCAAAAAGCACAUCGAUGAAGGUAUUGGUGGCUUAUCUAAAGCCUUGGAUGGUGUCAAGCAACUACUAGAGGGACAGGGUACCUUGAUGCAACGUUUUGCCGAUCGACAACUCGAAACCUCCAAAGAAGUGGCCAGAAUGUCCGCGGUGCCAAGUAUCCACCCUUCUCGAACACCGACACUGAGCCAGGCCAAUUUCAAGUCAUCAACCUCCUCCGAAUCUUCUGUUCUAGAGAUUCAGAGCCUGCGUCGCGAAAUCGCAGUCCUUCGCCAAACAUAUUCCACCAUGUCAGCCGACUUUGCUGCGUCGAUGAACGAUAUUCGAACAAAAGCAGCCGCAGUCAAGGCUACCGCUGCCGAUGCCGCAAACUCGUCAUACAAAGGUGACGCAGGUCGUGCUCACAUCAACGAGGGCAAAAAGACUUUGUCCAAUGAUUCAGAGGCCUUGGUAAACCGAGUCGAUGAUCUAUCCGACCUGGUGGAGGAACUGCGGAAAGAUGUCGUGACUCGUGGUGUUCGACCUCUCCCUCGCCAGCUAGAAACAAUCAGCAAGGACAUCAGCGCCACAGCCAAACAACUCUUAAAGGUCAAGGACUUUGUCAAGCGUGAGAAACCUGUCUGGACCAAGAUCUGGGAACAAGAGCUUCAGGUUGUGAUGCUGGAACGUGACGAUUUGACCCAACAAGAUGAGCUUUUACAUGACCUUGAUGGCGAUCUCGAUGACAUCACCAACGUCUUCAAACUCGUUGAAGAAGCAAUGAAGCAGCAGAAUCUCCAGGCGGCAAAUAACAUAGGCCGCAACCUGAGUCGAAAUCUUGCUAUCGACAUUGCAGCAGAUCCCCAUGAAGCCAAAACGGGCAUGUUGGACGAAGUACGCGCAUUACAGCCCAACCAUGAGAAUCGACUGGAGGCCAUUCAACGUGCCGAGAAAGCAAGGCAGAAAGAACUGGCGAGUCGAAAAGUAGGUGAAUUCCAACGAGAGGUUGAGCAAUUCGUCGAGGAAGGCAAGCUCAAGAAGACUGGUGGCAUGGACGAGGUCGAACGAAGACGGAAAAUGAAAGACGAGCAGGCCAGAAAGGAAAACCAUGAACGUCAACUCGCAAGGGCUCUGGAGAUGGAGAAGAGAAAAGCCGAGAAGGAGGCUGCAAAGGCCGCGGCGGCGGCUGCUGCUGCUUCCGAUGCGACUAAUUCUGCGCCCCCUGAAAGUUCUCCCGCGGAGAUGAACGGCAAUGCCCACGAUGAAGGACAAGAGAAUGGCAUAUCACAAGAGGUGGAGACGCCAUUCGAGGACGCCAGGGAGGAGAAGAUUAUUUCACCUCCAAACGAAGCGAUUGAAUCAGCAGCGGCACUAGCUUCUCAGGCAAAGGACACUCCACAGAGUGAGGAACCUCCUCAACUUCCCAAGGUCGACGUUGGCGAAGAGCUCGACAAUGACAAGGGACUCGGUAUGUCAUUUCAAUAAUUCACUAUGUUUUAAUCUUGACGAUUGGGGAUCGGUCUUAACCCGCCAUCGCUUCCUUGGACACUGCGCUGAUUCUGGGCCGAUUGAAUGAGUGUUAGAUGCCGCAAGUCCAGCUCCUGACAAAGGCAAAUCGACACCUGAUGACUCAGAACACGACAAAGCAAAAGACAAUCGUGGCAGUUGGUGGCAACCAGCCAUAUUCUCAGCCUGAACUAUCAUGCAGGAUUCGAGAAGCCAGUCACAGUCUUGGUGACGAUCUUGAUCCAGCUCGAAUAUCAUAACACCACGCGCCUUAUCUGGUAAUUCUUGGCCUUUGUUGGCCCAAUUUUUCAUCCACGGGGAUUUUCAACACUCGGGAUAGACGUAUAAUGCGAUUUAAUCUGUUAGGAUUCGACCAAAGUUCCAUGUAACUUGAGCUGUCUGACUUUCGAGGUUGAGCACUUUUAGCGUGGACAGUUGGCGUUCUUGGCCAGCAUGCGAGUUAUCUAUCAUUCGGAUCUAUCAUGUCUUAUACAGAUGAUGUUUCGACCAGAGAGAGAAAGCAAAUUCAAUACAAUCAUGGUCUGGUCGCCCACAUCACAAAGCGACGCUGUGGUCUCACGGGAGUUCUCGAACAUCUAAACACUAGUGUAGAAGAUGAUGAAGAAGUAUAGACUCGCUAUAGGAGAUCUAAUGGCAGUCUAC